AUGAUCCAAGAAACAUUGCAAUGGGCUGCCGGGCCUGGAGACCACUGCGGGAAUCUCCAGCCUCACUAUGCAUCGGACGUCAAUCAAUCAACACCGUAUUUCCAAUGGCUACCCCAUUGGCCGCAACCAUGCGCGAGUGAAGCUGACCCCUCACCGCUAGGGCCACAAGUUGAAGACAGCCUUCUCAAAGAAUUUCAUGCAGAGCCAGAGCCGAUGGAUAUUGACUCCGAUCUGCCUUCGCCUGGGCUAUCACCCUGGAGUCACAAUAGUACGAAGGCUACAUUCACACAGGAGCCAGAACCGGAGUCUAGUAGGGCUGUCGACGCCCGCAAACCCCGUGCCUGCCGCACCAGGACCAACUCAAGUCGCGGUAUCAAUAAACGGAGGUCUCUCCACCUGGCCGAUGUCGUCCCUACAUCACCGCCAUGGAGUGCCAUCAUGCGCAGCUUACUGAGUCAGACUCCAAAAAUUCUCGACCAGAGCUCGUGGACAAGCGUCCAUAACUGUUGGCGGGACGUGCUCCAGCGAUCCGCCAUGACGGGCGAUGUUAGCCAGGUGCAGGAGGUAUUUCGAUUUGUAGAUGGCAUUAUAGACAGUUCUUCAAUGCAUUGGCUAACAAGAUGCGCUUAUUUGCACCUUACACGAAUGUUAGUGUUCCUGACCAAUGUCAUUAAAACAGAUCGGGAGAAUGGCCGCCUACGACUAGAAAUCGGUAGGGGCGAUGCGACCGUUGCUUUGGAAAUCUAUCACCAAUCACAAUGUGGGGUUUCGGCUCAACAAACCUUGAAGCAAGCAAAGAGACGGUUGCGCAUUGCACGACGAUGGGCCGAUCUCACAGGAGGGUCUCUCCUACUGGUGUUUACUUACCACGAUAAAGCAGACAUAGUCAUGUACUUACUGUUCAAAUACACUACUACAUAA